AUGUCUUCCUCCUUAAAGCCCAUCCGCUCGGCGGGAUGCCUCAUCAUCGGCGACGAGGUGCUCAAUGGCAAGAUCUUGGACACAAACUCCUACAAUUUUGCCCGUUUCUGCUUCAAUAAUCUCUCGAUUCCUCUCAAGAGAACUAUUGUGUGUGGAGAUGACAAGCAGGACAUCAUCAACUCGCUCAAGAUCCUCCGCGACCACGACAAGGUCGACUUGAUCGUCACUUCUGGCGGUUUGGGGUCCACCCAUGACGACAUCACCUACGCCGUGCUCAGCGAAAUCUACGGCCUAGACUACAAGUUGGACUCCGAGGUGGUGGAACGUAUGACCAAGCUUCGUGGCUCAUACCUCGAAAGCUUGCCCCAAGAACAGCUUGAUGCGUUCUACAAAAUGGCUACUUUGCCUUCUUCCACCCCACAGAACCCGACCACAGUGGAAAAGAUCUUUGUGGAGGACUCUUUGUGGUUCCCGAUAGUGGCAUUGGACCAACAGGUCUACGUGCUUCCGGGGGUCCCCAAUCUCUUCACGAAGCUUAUCCAGGGAAUGGAGCCGUUUCUCAAGCUGCGGAUAGACUCCGAUGGCUCCAAUUUGGUCAGAUUGUAUGUCAAGACCUCCUCUUCUGAAAACGAGUUUGCCGGCUUUUUGACUCGCUUGCAAGACGAAGUGGAUACUGCCUAUGGCAAGGGCACCGUUAAGCUCGGGAGCUACCCACAUAUCAACUGGAAGCUCAACACUCUCAGCAUCAUCGGUAAAGUUCCUGAGGUUCCUAGAUCAGCCUUAGAUCAGCUUGUCGACCGCAUAUUGAGGAACGUGGGAGGAAACCCAACCCAAAUCGACCAGGUGGAAGAAGACAAACUCACCAAUGAAGACCCACCCAAAUAG